AUGGUAAACCCUCUCGUCAUGAGUUCCAAGAAAUCAACAUUCGCUACAGUCUGCAUUGUAUCCUACAACACUGAGUUGGUCACCUUGCUCCUCACUGAAACUGUGAACCAUCGUCUUGAAGCGGAUAUCGCCCACAACGCUCAACUUAAACGUACCAUGACAAAGGAUUCUCUAACGAUAUCGUAUGAUUGGGAGGUGCUCAUCUUCCAAGGUUAUAGGAAUGUUGAUUCAUAG